UGAGCGCGUGGUGUACCGCGCGGUGCCGGCAGACUUCUUCGGCGCUGCCGCUCCCUAACAGCCCUUGCCCCGACGGUCCGCCACAGGCUACACGGGGGAUCUUUGUCUUUUGCCUCGCAGCUACAACAGCCUGCGCGAGGUGAACGCCUCUCGACUGGCGACGACGCCGCACCUGCAGAUGCUGCUCCUGCACGGCAACCGCAUCCACGCCCUGCCCGGCGAGGGCUUCCCGGCCCUGCCAGCCCUGCAGGUGCUGAAGCUCAGCCACAACGAGCUGACGACCGUAGGCCCGAGAGCCUUCGCUCGCCUGCCCUCCCUAUCCCGCCUCCACCUGGAUCACAACCGGCUGGAGCGCCUGGCUCCCGGCGCCAUGGCGGGCCUCCUGGGCCUGCGCUACCUCCACCUGCAGGGAAACCGCCUGCACCACCUCGGGCCCUCGUCCGUGGCCUCGGGCCUGGCCCUCGGCCGCUUCCCCGCGUCCCCGCUGCGCGUCCUGCACCUGGCCGACAACCGGCUGGCGUCGCUGCCGCGGGCGACGCUGGCCGCGCUCGGGGCCGUGCGGAGCGCCUCGUUGCACUCCAACCCCUGGGCCUGCGACUGCCACCUGCGCCCCCUGUGGGCCUGGGUUCGAUCCCAA